GAGAUCGCUUCUUACCUGAUCACCUUUGAGAAGCAUGAGGAAUGGCUCUCGGGCUCCCCCAAGACCAGACCCCAGAACGGCUCCCUCAUCUUGUACAACCGCAAGAAGGUCAAAUACCGCAAGGAUGGCUACUGCUGGAAGAAGCGGAAGGACGGCAAGACCACGCGGGAGGAUCACAUGAAGCUGAAGGUCAAAGGGGUGGAGGUGGGUCCCGUUCCCCUCCAGGUCCUGUGCCCCCCCUCACCCCCAGGGAAAAGGGGGUGGUGAGGCGC